CCUAACUCAUCUGGACAAUCAUGGCUUGUAAAGGAAUGAAUGCAUCUUUUAUAGACCUUAACACCCAAAAGAAAAAAUUCUCUAGGUUUAAAAGUGCAAAGGAAAGUCCGUCCGUCCAAAGUGAAUUCGGAGAGCUGAGUCUUCCUUGUGACGCUUCACAGAUCGCUCAGUAACAGUUUUUCGACUGUCAGGUAUGGAGAACUUAUUAAGAAAGUUCAUGAUACUACUGAUUGGGAUCCUAUCCAUUACUGACUUGUCUCUCCAAGAUCGGAACAGACUGGAGAGCCCCUAUCUGAAGAGAUAUAAACGUCAACUUCGCGCAACAAAGACAGAGCUGAAAAUCAGCAGCCUCUACAUUCAGUCAACCAUCGUAUCCCGAUAUGCCCAUACCAAGGUGCAAACCGUUAUGGUCAAUCCUCAUGCUGAGUCGAAGGAAGCCAUCUUUGAAUUGGAGUUGCCCAGUUCAGCAUUCAUAUCCAACUUCACACUCACAGUAAAUGGUAAGACACACGUAGCAGAGGUUAAGGAGAAACAUCAAGCUAAGAAGAUGUAUGAUGAAGCAAGGCGUCAGGGGAAGACCACAGCCCACGUAGGAACAAGGGACCGCGAGACAGAGAAGUUUCGUGUUUCAGUCAAUGUAGAGGCCGGAGGUGAAAUAACCUUUGAUCUCACCUACGAAGAGCUGCUGAGAAGACAACUGGGAAAAUAUGAGUAUGCUGUCAGUUUGAGGCCCAACCAGAUAGUCCAGAACCUCACUGUACAGGUGACAAUCUCUGAAAGAACUGGGAUGGAGUAUGUCCGGGUGUUGCCUCUGCGUACCAGCCGACUGAUCACCAACUCUGUUCGAGGGGAGACAAAAAUGCCUCCGUCCACAGAAUUAGAGAAAACCCCCCACUGUGCUCGAAUCACAUUCAGUCCAACGCCAAAGGAACAAGCUGCCCAAUCCAGUUCCGGCAUUGCAGCAGAUUUUGUUAUCCAGUACGAUGUGGCCUUGAAAGACCUUGCAGGAGAUGUUCAGAUAUACAAUGGAUAUUUUGUUCACUACUUCGCUCCACGAGGGCUUCCGACCAUCCAGAAAAAUGUUAUCUUUGUUAUUGACGUCAGCGGGUCGAUGUUUGGCUCGAAGAUUAAACAGACAAAGAGUGCUAUGUACGUCAUCUUAAAUGACCUCCACCGAGAUGACCACUUUAACAUCAUUACCUUCUCAGAUGUAGUACAGGUGUGGAGACCCGGCACUUCCAUCCAGGCCACAGCUCAGAAUAUCAAGAGUGCAAAGGAGUAUGUGAACAAGAUUGAAGCUGAUGGAUGGACAGAUAUUAAUGCUGCAGUUCUGGCUGCUGCUUCUAUCUUUAACGUGACAUCAAGUAAACCAGAAAAAGGAGGCACCAAGCAGAAGAUCCCUCUAAUCAUAUUCCUGACCGAUGGAGAGGCCACCUCAGGAGUAACAUCUUCCACUCGCAUCCUUGAAAAUGCCCAUAAAGCCUUUAGAGGAACCACUUCUCUUUUCUGCCUUGCAUUUGGCGAUGAUGCCGACUACAACCUCAUGCGCCGGCUAUCCCUUGAAAACCGUGGCAUAGCACGUCGUAUCUAUGAACAUUCUGAUGCCACUCUGCAGCUAAAAGGAUUUUACGAUGAGAUUGCCAGCCCUCUCCUCUUUGACAUUGAAAUGGCUUACCUUGGAGAAACGGCCCAAAAUGUGACACAGACCCUAUUUCCCAAUUAUUUUGAGGGAUCAGAGCUGGUUGUCACAGGAAAAGUAAAAUCGGAAGCCAAAAAUCUUCAGGUUCGAAUGACUGCACAUAAUCAGAAAGAGAAAAUAAGUCUAGAAAAUGACAUCUCUGUCGUGGAUAACGCUACACAGCCCAGCUUCGGGUGUUCAGGCAAUGUGGAUGAAAUUCAGUGGUUUGUCCAGAGGCUUUGGGCCUACUUCACGAUCCAAGAUUUGUUGCAGGCUAGGAUUAAAGCCAAUGACACCAUAGCUCGAAAGAUACUGACAGAGAAGGCUACUAACUUAUCUCUUAAAUACAACUUUGUGACACCCGUUACUUCCCUCAUAGUAGUGAAACCUGAUGAUUCAGAGGACCCCAAAACAACCAUAGCUACAACUUCUGCUAAUCCUACCACUACAGCCACUCCUUUAACUGCUACAUCCCAGCGUGCUGUGACUACCCCUUCUCCAAGCACUACUUCCAUAAAAGCCAAAAUAACAACCACAGCCCGACCUACAAAACCAGUCACUAAAACCUCAAAGCCUUCAACAACAGCCAAGAUAAGCACAACAAAGGCAACCACUUCUAAGGCAACAAUUACCCAAAUUAUCAUAACCAGGGGUCAGCCUGGUGUAACUCAAGGAUUGACGACGACCAACACUUUGGAAAAACUGACGACCAUGGCUUCAGUUUCUACUCCAUCUUUGACAAAACUUCCAGUCAUCCGUCACAGUACUACUUUGCUUCCCACCAACACACUUCACCCAACCAGUUUGGUUCCAACAGGAACAACAUUACCCAGGACAGAGAAAAUUCCUAGCAUUUCCACCAGCUCAGAGAACCCAACUAACUCCUUGGUUUCAACCAGCGUUUCUACUGUCAAUGUUACAGAAAGCACACAAGAGUCAACGACGGGUAAAGUUUCUGUCCCGUCAUAUGAAAGCACAAAUACUCCUGGUGAAGGGUUUGUGGAAGGUGUAGAAGAGUCUCAAACUACUGUGCCACCUACAUCUUUCCCUGUAAACCCCACUCACCUAAGGCUUCUUAUACUUCCUGAGGACACUGAACUUUUGCCUGGUACAUUCUCAUAUCCAACUUUUGUGGAGUCACUCAACCCACCUCCUGUCUACAGCUACUUUGAAGAGAUCACAGGAGUGAGUAGUAAAAUAUAUUCCACUGAAGAUUCUGAUUACGAAAUGAUAGUAGACCCAUUCAUGGAACCAGAUAUUGACUAUGAUGUAGUACCUGUUGGUGCGCCUCUGCUUCAGACUUUUAUGUCUUCUGUUGAUGGAGAUCCACAUUUCGUGGUGAAUUUACCUGAGAUCCAGGAGAAGUUGUGCUUUACUCUAGAUGGACAACCAGGAAAUGUUUUAACGCUCCUCAAUGACCGAGUUACAGGUAUCACCGUGAGUGGUCAUUUGAUAAAGGCCCCACCACGAGUUGGCCAUGAAGACCGGUUACGAACCUACCUCAAUAUUGUAACCAUCACAAUCAACCAGCCACGCUCCAACUACAUCAUCAACAUAACUUUGGACAGCUUGACACUCAAAGGAGAGAAGGAACUUACUCUUCCAGUUAAUCGACCUGCUUUAAUACGAAAACCCAGACUGGCCUUAAGAAUAUCUCCUUCCACCAACAUCACCAUAUGGAUUGGGCGCAAUGUGGAGUUGCUGAUCAUGUUUCAUCACUACCAGCAUCCAACGUACCUGCAGCUGAAUCACCUGGGUUUCUACAUAGUCAGAGGAGAUGGCUUGUCUUCCAGCUCUAAAGGAUUGUUAGGUCAGUUCCAAAACAGCCACAUAGAAGUCACCGAGCAAAAGCAGAGCAAUGACCUGACCUUCUCAGCCGUCUUGAAGAGAAAUAACCAAACAGCUCCUGCCAUUCUUGUUGUAAAAUCCCUAAAGGACUCCACAGCACAAGCACACAUGUCCAAAUGUUGGCUGGUCAAACACACAGAUAUUGAGCAAAUUCUAGAUGGACCCUAUAUGUCAUAUGUGGUAUCUGACCUCCAGGAUAUGUAAAGACACCAGUAGGACGUAUGGACUUUAUUUUGUAACAAAUGUCAUAUAUGGAGUCUGAAGGGCGAUGAGACACUAAAAAAAAAAAAACAUUGGCCAAGUUCUUGGGACAG